CUCUAAACACUUCUCUCUCUUUUCUCUCUUUGAUAUUUCCUUAUAAAGUUCUAAGCAUAAAUGCUAUGAAUCUUCAAUAUUCUCUCGUUUUUCUUUCUUUAUGCACUAAAGAAAAGAAGAUAAGAAGCUUGUGAAUGAAAAUAUAAUACAAGCUUCGUAACAUGGUAUCAGAGCUAAUUACGGUUCAAGGGACGAUGCUAUACUAAUACAAGCACAAGGAAGAGCACUAGAUUGAAGCACAAGACGCACCACGAAGCACUACUUGCACGAAGAGCACUAUGGCGGUAAACAUCCAAAACAUUCAACCCGUUUCUAUUUUCGAUGGCCAAAAUUAUGAGUUAUGGGCCACGAGGAUGAAGACGACGUUGAUGCUGAGAGAGUUAUGGGACAUCGUUGAAAAAGGUGUUCCACCACAAACAUCGGAGACCACAGAAACACCGACGAAAAAUCAAGAGACAGAUCUCACAAAAUGGAGGAAGAUCAAGAUGAAGGAUAUGCCAGCCCUCCAACUCCUACAACAUUCCAUCACAGAUUCCGUCUUCCGAAAGGUGAUAACGGCCACGACAUCAAAUGAGGUGUGGAGCAAGCUGCAAGAAGCAUAUCAAGCGUUGAUGGAGAAGACGAAAGAUUUGAGAAGCAUAAAUGUCACAGAUCUGGUUGGAUCUUUGAUCACACAUGAAUCAAAGUUUCUACCGGAUGAAGAAGGAAAUUCAGAAGGAGCUUUUCCACCUCGAUCGAAAAAUCACAAAGGAGGUAACAAAGGUCUCUAGAAGUCUAAUCCGAAAGGGAAGAAAUGAUGUGGUUAUUGUAAGAAAGAUAAUCACACCGAGGAGGAGUGCUACUUCAAAAUCAAGAAGGGCAAACAAGACCAACAAGUGAGAAGUCGAAAGAAUGUUAUACCUAUGGAAAGACAAGACAUUUGGCUCGAGACUGUAGAAUGAACCAAAGUCGCAACGCUCAAGUCACACAAACGGAGGGCAUGAAUUGUAAUACCCCGGAUCUCGAAGUAAAUAUUUAAUUAUUUUCAAGA